AUGAAAGAGAAGGGGGGAGAAGAAGAGGUGUCGAUGUUUCCGCGGACAAAACGUGUUUUCAGCACCACGAAAUCGAAAGAGAGGAAGAGAGGACGUCGUUUUUCAGCACUGCGCGAUCGAAAGAGAGAGAGAGAGAACGAUUCGAGAGCGUAG